GUGAGCGUCGACCGCUGUUGGGAAGCUGAUUUCCUAGAAACCGUCGUGCGAGAAGAGAAGGGGCCUCGGGAUGUCUCUGGCCGACGAGCUGCUAGCUGACCUCGAGGAGGCGGCAGAAGAGGAGGAAGGAGGAAGCUACGGGGAGGAGGAGGAGGAGCCGGCGAUCGAGGAUGUGCAGGAGGAGACCCAGCUGGAUCUUUCCGGAGAUUCGGUCAAGAGCAUCGCCAAGCUGUGGGACAGCAAGAUGUUUGCAGAAAUCAUGAUGAAGAUUGAGGAGUAUAUCAGCAAGCAGGCCAGCGCUUCGGAAGUGAUGGGACCGGUGGAGGCGGCCCCCGAGUACCGGGUCAUCGUGGACGCCAACAACCUGACGGUGGAGAUCGAGAACGAGCUGAACAUCAUCCAUAAGUUCAUCCGGGAUAAGUACUCGAAGCGAUUCCCCGAACUGGAGUCUCUGGUCCCCAAUGCACUGGAUUACAUCCGCACCGUCAAGGAGCUGGGCAACAGCCUGGACAAGUGCAAGAACAACGAGAACCUGCAGCAGAUCCUGACCAACGCCACCAUCAUGGUCGUGAGCGUCACUGCGUCUACCACCCAGGGGCAGCAGCUGUCAGAGGAGGAGCUGGAACGGCUGGAGGAGGCCUGCGACAUGGCGCUGGAGCUCAACGCCUCCAAGCACCGAAUCUACGAGUACGUGGAGUCGCGCAUGUCCUUCAUCGCGCCCAACCUCUCCAUCAUCAUCGGGGCGUCCACCGCCGCCAAGAUCAUGGGGGUGGCCGGUGGCCUGACCAACCUCUCCAAGAUGCCAGCCUGCAACAUCAUGCUGCUCGGGGCCCAGCGCAAGACGCUGUCCGGCUUCUCAUCCACCUCAGUGCUGCCCCACACCGGCUACAUCUACCACAGUGACAUUGUGCAGUCCCUGCCCCCGGAUCUCCGGCGGAAGGCGGCCCGGCUGGUGGCUGCCAAGUGCACGCUGGCAGCCCGAGUGGACAGUUUCCAUGAGAGCACGGAGGGGAAGGUGGGCUACGAGCUGAAGGAUGAGAUCGAGCGCAAGUUCGACAAGUGGCAGGAGCCGCCGCCCGUGAAGCAGGUGAAGCCGCUGCCCGCGCCCCUCGAUGGGCAGCGUAAGAAGCGAGGCGGCCGCAGGUACCGCAAGAUGAAGGAGCGGCUGGGGCUGACUGAGAUCCGGAAGCAGGCCAACCGCAUGAGCUUCGGGGAGAUCGAGGAGGACGCCUACCAGGAGGACCUGGGCUUCAGCCUGGGCCACCUGGGCAAGUCGGGCAGCGGGCGUGUGCGGCAGACACAGGUGAAUGAGGCCACCAAGGCCAGGAUCUCCAAGACGCUGCAGCGGACCCUGCAGAAGCAGAGCGUGGUGUACGGCGGGAAGUCCACCAUCCGCGACCGCUCCUCGGGGACUGCUUCCAGCGUGGCCUUCACCCCACUCCAGGGCCUGGAGAUUGUGAACCCACAAGCAGCGGAGAAGAAGGUGGCUGAGGCCAACCAGAAGUAUUUCUCCAGCAUGGCCGAGUUCCUCAAGGUCAAGGGUGAGAAGAGCGGCAUCAUGUCCACCUGAGGGGUGGCGCCCCGGGCCUUCUCCCGCUGAAGGGACACAGAGGCCCCACCUCUCUGAAGGGAUGGGGGUCAGGAUGGGGCUGGGAGGUUCCGGCAAGGAGAGCCGCCCCGUGCCGGCCGGUGCUGGGACUGUCCGGUGAGGCGCGGGAGAAGGCCCGGCCCCGGAGCACAGAGAUCGCCGCCCCACUCAAACACACAGCCAGCCUUCAUCACGCGUCUUCUUUAUUUUAACCGGGAAAGGAAAUACCUUUGGAAUAAGUGCGAUUAAAAGCACGUUAUCAGGA